CCACCUCCCCUGCCACCCUGGGCCGAAGGUUUUCCAUAGCGGGAGCUGCUAGCUCUCAAGAUGUCAGUUUGUCUUUUCCUUCUGAAAUCGGGCGGGAGAACGGAAAACAGAAAAACAGAAUUCGGAUGAACAAAUGAGGGACACUCCUACCCCCUUACUCUUCAAACAACAGGUGGUUUCAACGUGCACCAUCAACUCGUUUAUGCACUGCACGAAAUGGUAGGCGGAGCAUCCACACUAAGUCUCUCCGGAACCUGCUGCUGGGCGAUCCCCGUGCAGUUCUGGCUCUGUCGGGACAGAAGGAGAUCCCUGCGGGAGACGAGAUGCGGUUGUCCCGGGACUCCAGGACUGCGCGGUCCAGGGCUAUUGGGUUUUGCCUCUCCCUUUUUUCGACUCCCUGGAAACAUGAUUCCAGUAACAGAAUUCCGGCAGUUCUCUGAGCAGCAGCCUGCCUUCCGGGUGCUGAAGCCAUGGUGGGAUGUGUUUACUGAUUAUCUCUCGGUGGCCAUGCUGAUGAUUGGGGUGUUUGGAUGUACGCUACAGGUCAUGCAAGACAAGAUCAUCUGCCUUCCGAAAAGAGUGCAGCCUGCUCAGAACCACUCUUCCAUUUCCAAUAUCUCUCAAACCAUUGCCAGUACCACUCCACUGCCCCCACCUAAACCAUCCCCUACUAACCCCGCCACUGUGGAAAUGAAAGGACUGAAAACAGAUCUGGACCUUCAGCAGUACAGCUUUAUAAACCAGAUGUGCUAUGAGCGAGCCCUCCACUGGUAUGCCAAGUAUUUCCCUUACCUUGUCCUCAUCCAUACCCUGGUCUUCAUGCUCUGCAGUAACUUUUGGUUCAAAUUCCCUGGCUCCAGCUCCAAGAUAGAACACUUCAUCUCUAUCCUGGGGAAGUGUUUCGACUCUCCCUGGACCACAAGAGCUUUAUCUGAAGUGUCUGGGGAGGACUCGGAAGAAAAGGACAACAGGAAGAACAACAUGAACAGGUCCAACACCAUCCAGUCUGGUCCAGAAGGCAGUCUGGUCAACUCUCAAUCGUUAAAAUCAAUUCCUGAAAAGUUUGUGGUUGAUAAAUCCACUGCAGGGGCUCUGGAUAAAAAGGAAGGCGAGCAAGCGAAGGCCUUGUUUGAGAAAGUGAAGAAGUUCAGGCUACACGUGGAAGAAGGAGAUAUACUUUAUGCCAUGUACGUUCGCCAGACUGUACUUAAGGUUAUCAAAUUCCUAAUCAUCAUUGCUUAUAAUAGCGCUCUGGUUUCCAAGGUCCAGUUUACAGUGGACUGUAAUGUUGACAUUCAGGACAUGACUGGAUAUAAAAACUUUUCUUGCAAUCAUACCAUGGCACACUUGUUCUCAAAGCUCUCCUUCUGCUACCUGUGCUUUGUAAGUAUCUAUGGCUUGACGUGCCUUUAUACCUUGUACUGGCUGUUCUACCGUUCUCUAAGGGAGUACUCUUUUGAAUAUGUCCGGCAGGAGACUGGAAUUGAUGAUAUCCCAGACGUGAAGAAUGACUUUGCUUUUAUGCUUCAUAUGAUAGAUCAAUAUGACCCUCUCUAUUCCAAGAGAUUUGCAGUCUUCCUGUCUGAGGUCAGCGAAAACAAAUUAAAGCAGCUGAACUUAAACAAUGAGUGGACUCCCGAUAAACUGAGGCAAAAGCUACAGACGAAUGCCCAUAAUCGGCUGGAAUUGCCACUUAUCAUGCUGUCUGGCCUUCCAGACACGGUUUUUGAAAUCACAGAGUUGCAGUCUCUAAAACUGGAAAUCAUUAAGAACGUGAUGAUCCCAGCUACCAUCGCGCAGCUCGACAACCUCCAAGAGCUCUCUCUACACCAGUGCUCUGUCAAAAUCCACAGCGCGGCGCUCUCCUUCCUGAAGGAAAACCUCAAGGUCUUGAGCGUCAAGUUUGAUGACAUGAGAGAGCUGCCCCCCUGGAUGUAUGGCCUCCGGAAUCUGGAAGAGCUCUACUUGGUCGGCUCUCUAAGUCAUGAUAUUUCCAAAAAUGUCACCCUUGAGUCUCUGCGGGAUCUCAAAAGCCUUAAAAUUCUCUCUAUCAAAAGCAACGUGUCUAAAAUCCCUCAGGCAGUGGUCGAUGUUUCCAGCCACCUCCAGAAGAUGUGCAUACAUAACGACGGCACCAAGCUGGUGAUGCUCAACAACCUGAAGAAGAUGACCAACCUGACGGAGCUGGAGCUGGUGCACUGUGACCUGGAGCGCAUCCCCCAUGCGGUGUUCAGCCUGCUCAGCCUCCAGGAGCUGGACUUGAAGGAGAAUAACCUGAAGUCGAUAGAAGAAAUCGUUAGCUUUCAACACUUGAGAAAGCUGACAGUGCUAAAACUGUGGCAUAACAGUAUCACCUAUAUCCCAGAGCACAUAAAGAAACUCACCAGCCUGGAACGUCUGUCCUUCAGUCACAAUAAAAUCGAGGUGCUGCCUUCCCACCUCUUCCUAUGCAACAAAAUCCGAUACUUGGACUUAUCCUACAACGACAUUCGAUUCAUCCCACCUGAAAUCGGAGUUCUACAAAGUUUACAAUAUUUUUCCAUCACUUGUAACAAAGUAGAAAGCCUUCCAGAUGAACUCUACUUCUGCAAGAAACUUAAAACUCUGAAGAUUGGGAAAAACAGCCUCUCAGUGCUUUCACCGAAAAUUGGAAAUUUACUCUUUCUUUCCUAUUUAGACGUUAAAGGCAAUCACUUUGAAAUCCUUCCUCCUGAACUGGGUGACUGCCGGGCUCUGAAACGAGCUGGGCUAGUCGUGGAAGACGCUCUGUUUGAAACUCUGCCUUCUGACAUCCGGGAGCAAAUGAAAGCAGAAUAACUUAUUUUUCAUUGAAGUUUGACUGAAACACGCUUCUACCAAAUACAGUAUAAAUACUUAGGUAGUCUUGAUGCCUUUCCUAUUUUAUUUUUAUUUUUUUUCACACACAAAAAAAUGUACACAAAAUUAAGUAAGGAGUAUGUAUUUUUAAUAAAAAUUUAAUUGUAUUUUUUCAAUAUUAGAUUUUAAAGUUUCAUUUGUCUUGGAACCUAGUGUAUCUAAUGUUGUUUUAUACCGACAGAAGCAGAUGGCUCCAUCUGAUUUUUGUUUGUUUGGGUUUUUUAUGUUUGUUUGGUUUGGUUUAUUCUUAUGAAAGGGAGAGAAUCAUAAGUUGCAUGCUUUUUGGCAUUUUUAAAUGGAUGAAGAGAGUCUACCAAGGUGAGUUUUAGCUUGUUUACACCUAAAUGGGGUCUUGUUUUUGUUUUCAUUGUGUAUGUACCAGGAAUCUGAGUUAAUACCAGCUGCCUUCUCCAUUGGCCAACUCCUUCAUUCUACAGAAAGCUCUCUGGUGUAUAAAUUCACGUAAGUGCAUUGUCACAGAAUAUUAUCUUUCAAUUUUCCCUUGCCUCCAACAGAACCCUAAAUUAUGUAUUUACAUAUACCCAACAAUUAUAGUUAUCUUGAGGCAAGGAUUUCGUAAGUGGUGAAGAAAAUAAUUUUUAGUAGGUGGCAUACUUAAGUUGGUCAUUUAUGAUUUCACUUAUGUGCACUUUUACCAACAUUUUAAAAUAUUAUUUGAAAAGUAAAUACACAGCGUGCUUCCUCCACCUUUAAUCUUAAUACUGCUGUGUAGUACUGGUGGACAACCUUAGGAAAACUAGAUUUAUUUUUUAAUAUUCUAAUAGGUAAUUAAAUUUAAAAAUCACAGAAUAAGAAGCCUGCUUUUGAGUAAUUUGAUCAUCUUUGAUAUCUUGAUAUGCAGAUGCAACAGGCGGAAAAAACUUCACUACUAAAGUACUCUGUUAAACAGGUAGUGCACCGCAGUCAGGCCGUCCCCUUCCUCCAGCAGUGGGCAGUGGGAAGCUCGGAUUCUGCCUGUUGCACACAGAGCAAUCCACCUACAUAC